ACUUUCACAUGACUUUCACUACGUGACUGACCCGCAUUCCUCAAUUGGCAGCACUACUCUGUCAAAGUGGCUAAUUUUCGUGGCGAAUACAACAUAAACAGUGGAAGAAAAACAUUUAUCCACCAUCCUAUUGUGCACAUUUUCCUCCGGCACCUGCUGUCGGGUUGGAAAUACAUGGAUACAAGAUGACUGAUGACUGAGGAACAUUUAUCUUUCUCUGGGCUUCGUGUCGGUGAUGGCGGAGCUAGUGCUGCCAGACUCAAGAAGGUGUAAUUAUUUCUUCCUCUAUGAUGGAUCCAAAGUCAGAGGAGAGAGCGACCAAACAAGAGAGGGAAUCUGUUACUUCUACCCUGAAGAGACCCCUUUAGAUCGGCAGGAGCUGCUCUGUGGUCAGCUGGCGGGCGCGGGUCGCUGUGUCUCUGAACUCUCGUCCUCUCCUGUGCGGAUCCUGAACCUGCACCGCAACAAGUUUGCCAUCCGCAUGGAAGAUGAUUUCUUUUGGGCUCUGGGCUGCUCAGUGGAAGUCCCCACCGUCAGUGUCUGUGAGCUCCUGGAUCAGCUCAUAAACCUUUUCUGUUUCUACAACGGCUCCGUCAGACACAGCUACCAGCUGAACAGUCAGGAGACCCUGGCGUCCCGCUGGGCUCAGUAUCUGUCCCACCUGGAGUCAGGAUCCUCAGAGCUUCAGCACAUCUUCAGCUGCUUGAAGACCAUCGACUCAACUAAUGUUGACCCCCUUCUGCUGCUCAAAGCUGCCCUCAUUCUUCAGGCCUGUCAGCGCUGCCCUCUGGUGUUAGCAGGCUGUAUUCUUUUCAGAGGAAGAGUUGUAAGCACACAGAUGUCUCCCCAACUCACAAUGAAGGCAAUGGUUCAUGAGAGUGAGACAUACACAAAGCCCCAGAGACCCAAUGGACAGAGCAGCUCAUUUGGCAGCGCUGUCAGCUCCACCACUGUGUUCCUGACCCCGUCUGAACUUCAGUACCUGCAGUCCACCCCCGUCGACAAAGAUUUCAGUUCCCACUCUACUCCACACAAAAACACCCCCUUAAAGAAGACCCGCCUGUCAAGAACGUUAUCCGACACUCCAUCCUCCACAGAGUCAGAGCCGUCUGAUCCAGGAUCCUCCCAGUCUCCCCAGAAGCUCCUCAGCCCUCACCUGUCAGAAAGCUCUGUGUAUAGCUCAGAUCCAUCACAAAGCACCCCCAAUCCACCCCCUCCGCAGCCUCUCGAGCCUCCUCUCUCAAACGGGAAACAAUCCCCUGAGGAGGAGUCGCUGGAGGAGUCGUACUAUCACAGCUUUCACAGCAACGGAGAGGGAGGCAGUCAGAUAGAUAACGGUGGAGACAGCUCAGCGUUUGGAGAAAACUCCCAUCUAAAUGGAGGUGGAGUCGAUGGAGCUUGUGGGGAAGAGUUUAACUUCAGAGUAGCUGAGGAGUCACAUGACAACAAGGUUUCUGAAGAGGUCAGCGGACGUGGCUGUGGAAGAGUUCAGGGCCACGAGGUAGAGAGGCCAGAUCCUCCUCGCUCCGAUGCUUUCGAGCACCCAGGGGAGAGUCCACUGAUCCCCAUGACGCUGUACCUGCACAGGGUCAAAGGCCUGGUGCUGGCUCUGCUGGUGGAGCCGCACUUCUUAAGCGACAAAGCUUCUAUGGAGGAAGUGUAUCACAGCAGCCUGGCGUCACUCAAUGGACUGGAGGCUCAUUUGAGGAGUGUCUCCCCUGGGGUCCCGGGCACUCCAGGACCCUACAUCUUUGCCCAUUUUGACUGCAUUCAGAGCACACUGACAUCCAACCUGUCUGGUCGACCGGGGGGAGCCCCGGAGCGGCCCUUUGUGAGGGCCACAUCACUCCUUCACUCGCAUUUCUGUAACACUGAAACUCUGCAGGAGGCUAUUAUCAGGAGUGCAGGAGCUGCUGUGUAUGGGACCCGCAGCGUGGCUCAGGAAACUUACUUCCAGCAGCAUGGGGGAUCGCUGAGGAACUCCGGCAUCCCUAACCACCAGGACAGUGCUUUCUCUCUGCCCGGCAAGGCCCGCCACAGACUGCUGAAACACGGGGUUAACCUGCUCUGAGGAGCUGUGGUCUGUCAACAUGUGGAGAGCUGCCCUGUGAGUAACCUGAAGAAGCAGGGAGAAUAUUUCAGUUAAAGUUUACUCUGCUUUCUUGCUGCUGUGGUUCAAUUGUUCCCACAGAAGAUUGCAUAAUGAUAGAUGUAUGAAACUUUUACAUUCAUAGCAGAACUUUUUUUAUUUGUGUAGCUAUUAAUCACAGAGAGGAUGUAGAGAAAGACGUGUUUACAAUGAGGUUUUAUUCAUAGUUUCAGUUGUUUCUGUGCCAAAUAUGAUUUCUGUUAUGUCUUAAAUGUUACCUUUCUAGAAGUGCAGAAUUGCUUUAUUAAGCACCUGUUUACACCCUGCACACAUUAUUAUGCAACAUUUUUACUCUACAACCAGUUUCCGUUCAGUCAAAUCAUCAAUGCACCGUAUGUAAUAGUUUCUCUAAACUUUAUUUAUUUAAUCAGUAUGAAAUGUAGACAUCUUAAUUCAAUUUAAUCAUGCAUCAUUCCUUGCUGCACACACUGCAAAACUGUGUUGUUUUAGUGCACAAUUUAUUAAAUGAUGUAAAGAAAGUUUGUAUAAAAUAUCUAUUUAUUUCAAAAUAAAAUCUUGAUACCAUAAAAACGUGUUAUUUAACUAUUGAGCUAUUAUAUUUACUGUGUCAUUUGUUGAAAGAUAUGUCUGUUUUCUUAAGUUUGCCUAGAAGACAUCCCCUGUGAUAUACUGUAGUGCAUUAUUAGUGGAAAUUAAAUGAAUACAUGAUCCUCUCA